UUUAACAACUGUCGAUAUUUACUAGACCUAACACACACACAUGCAUUAUGAGCAAGUAUAAAAUCUAUGAUGAUAAAGUGACGAAAAAGGAGAAGUCCCGAUCAACAGUUUUAUUGAAAACACAUAGCAGAUGUGAGAGCUAAAUUAACGUGCGACUCAAGGAAGAAAGAAUUUUUAAGAUACUUGUAUAUUUUUAUUCACAUCUAGUGGAAUAUAAUUAACCACACUCUCCCAUAAUAUUUAAGCGAAUAUCGCUUUUAUACGUUUGUAUCUCAGCAACCGAAAACAUGUCGAAUAAAUUCGAGACUACUUACAGGUUAAGAGCUACUGAGGAUAGUGGAGAUGAAGAGUCUCAAUCAAAAGAUAAUCAAAAAAAUGAGAAGGAUUUAUUACCUCCAAUAGAAAUCAGUCCAAACGAACACAAGCUGCAAUAUGCUUAUGCACUUUGGUAUAGUCGACGUAGUCCUGGUAAACAAACUAGUAUACAAAGUUAUGACCAAAAUUUAAAAUUGGUUGGUAGAUUUGCUAGUGUGGAACAGUUCUGGGGUCUUUAUAGUCAUUUAGUACGACCUUCAGAACUUACGACACACACAGAUUUUCACCUUUUCAAAGUUGGUAUAAAACCAAUGUGGGAAGAUGAAGCUAAUCAAAAAGGUGGUAAAUGGAUAGUGAGAUUACGGAAAGGUUUAGUGUCUAGAUGUUGGGAAAAUCUUAUAUUGGCAAUGUUAGGAGAGCAGUUUAUGGUAGGCGAGGAAAUAUGUGGUGCUGUUGUAUCUAUAAGAUUUCAGGAGGAUAUAAUAUGUGUGUGGAAUAAAACAGCAUCUGAUGUAGCAACAACAGCACGUAUCAGAGAUACAUUAAGGAGAGUAUUACAUCUUCCAACUAGUGCCUCUAUGGAGUACAAAACUCACAAUGAAAGUUUGAAGAAUGUACACCGUCUCUAAAGUUGAGUUAUGAAAACAAAAAAAAUUAAACAUCUUUUGACUGAG